CUUUCUCAGACCCGACCUUGACAGAAAUCUUUUCUAUUCAAACCCUUCGUUGUUAUGAUUACUAUUAACUACGCCUGCGAACUUGCUAAGCAGCGAAUGGGUUCCGCUCUUUACCCCUAUUUUCAAUCUUAAAGCCAGCAAGCAUGUUGCACCUCGGGGUUUGUUCCAUGACACAAUAACAAAAGUGUUGUUUCGUCCUUCACAUCAGCAGCGGGUAACUCCUGGCCCCGACAACCAACCUGUAGUCUCUAGGGCUGGCGGGUCCAAAGGGAGGCCCUGAAGAACCGUCAACGGUGGUGAAUCCGAAAUGUCAUCAUAUAGACAUCUAUCUUUCCGACUCCAGCUUGCCUCCAACGCCCGGAGACAGCAGCCCUCAGCUAUCAGCAAUUAAUACACGCCUGAACAUAGAGCAUGGCUCGCGAACGUCUUUUAACCCCUUGCUGGAUGGAACGAAUCCGGUAUCGACCCAGAAUGCCGUGGCACUCAGUAAAACGCCGAGCUCUGUGGUUAUGAGUGCGAUAUGGGAUUUUUGUUUGGCCAUUCUCCCUGGAGCUUUCACCGGGGUCGUACUGUUUUAAAUGAUUCUGAGGUCUGAUGAUGCCACAGAUCAUAAGAUGUCCAUUUUUAUUUUAUUUAUUUUUAAUUGUUCAUCCAUCAUUUGUUCUCUUAUUCCUUCCAAUCUUUACCUGUCCCCGAUCUUUUGGUCUGACAAUGAGAAAUAGUCAUUGCAAUCUAAGCGGCUUCGAUAGACGGGGACACGAGGAGCAAGCGUGGUGAUCGAAUCAUAUUGGCCACGACGUUGACUCCCACGAUUUUCCCGAUUAUUUUCGCAGCUCUGGUCGGCUACUUCUUUCGAAUAUAUGGCACCUUUAGGGCGGAGAGAGUAAUAAGGCUUGGGCCUAUAAUGCUACCAACUGGUAUAUAUCUCCCCUUUCAAUCCAUGAUACCUCGCUGAUUGGGACUAGUUCCAUACAAACCGGGGGAGAUCUAGUAGCAUCCCUCUACACAUCAUCGUUGAUGGCCUCUGAAACCAUUGCGGGAACCGGCAUGGGCCUUUGGGGUAAUGUCAAAAUUCCGGAUAUAAGUUCGUUGAAGCCGGGUGAGAACGACAGCGAUUGGCGCAUGGUAGACUGGAAUUCUGCUGUACAAUUUACCUCUCUCCAGGUCUUCCUGUCGGAAGGCCCGUGGCUGAAGGAACGUGACGUUCACCGAACAUCACAUCACUUUGAUGUCCAGUGUUUGAACAACAUCCUCGCGGAAAAAGAAGAUCUCGCUACACUGUCAUAUAAUAUGGUUAGCGCGAGCAGCGGACCCGGACACUCUAUGCUCACUUAUCUUGUUGAUGAAUUCCCAGCAAUGACCGAUGGGGUUGGCGGCGACAUAUCCUCCUGCGCCAAAUUCAUGUUCGGGUUCGGAUCUAGAACCCAGCAUGGCUGCAAUCACACCUGGGAACUGGCAAACUGCACCCUCGGCAACCUCUCAGUCGACUCUCGAGUCGAAUGCCAAUCUGAAUCCUGCCGCGUACAAGCCAUGCGCCCCUCACAGCGAGUCGAAAAUUACAAGUCCCUAACUCACUACAUAAAUUUCACCUUCUAUUUCCUCCCCACGGCAACCGACCGCGACACAUCGACCAACUACCUCUACUCCGCCACACUCACCGAGCGCUGGGUGAACGACACCUCCCUCCUCCGCGGCGGCCGCAUCGACAUGGACCUGUGGAAACUGGAUCCAAAAGUCCUCUCCGCACGCAUGGAAGUAGGCCUCAACUCCUCCUGGCCAGCCAGCUUUGCAACCAUCUACCGCGGCACCCCGCUGCCCAAGGAUCCGGCCACGUACGAAGCAAUGGGCGAUUGCUCAACCGAGGCCCUACCGCUGUAUUGCUUCGUGCCCGUGGAAGCCUGCGGCUUCAGAUAUGUUGGCGAGGUGUACAAGUGCGACCGCUCCUGGCUCGCCUUGUUCCUCAUCAUCUUCCCUCGUGCUACAGAUCCUAGCGCUGGCCAGCGUCGUGCUAAAGCGCAUCACGCUCGCGCCAGAUAUCCUAGGCUUUGUCUCGUCAUACACGCGGGAUAACCCACACGCGCCGGUGUCUGCGGGCUCGUUCCAGGAUGCGCUGGUGCGAACGCGCCAGCUGAGGGAUGUCAGGGUGAUGCUGGGUGAUGUACGGUCUGAGGAACAGGUAGGGCAUAUUUCGUUUGUGGCGCAGGGGGGACAUGCCCAUUGGGAGGCUGAAGAAGGGGAGGAAGAAUAUUUAGAAUUUGUGCUGUCGUUUGGUGAUGUUGGGUAUGCGGCAUGCUGAGGAAUGAAUGGCUUUCUGUGAUUUGGUUUGACAGGUUUUGAUCCCCCUUUUUAAUACACUCAAGUAAAGGCACAGGCUUGUGUUAUUCACUUUUUUAAUUUAUGUCUCUAUGUUGCGCUCAAUGGAUAUGAUAUAUGAUACCCUUGGAGAGUUGGUUGUGCACUUGCUCUCAAUGCUUGUGAUUCACCUUUUCAGCCGAAUUCAUCCAUUUGAUUUUCCCCCUUUCCUUCAUGCGAGUCACCCUCUGAAAAUCUACUUUAAGCAAAUGUAUUAGUUUGUAUGACUAGAUCUCACCAAUCUUCACUAUUGGAUUUUGAUCAUCACCA